AUGGCCACAUUGCCGGAAUCACUCAUUAUCACUCUCGCGUCUAUCAUCAUCGUCUUAUUAACAAGCAUCCUUUUUCGCCCAACUGCCAAGAAACCACAUCAGCCACCGGCAACCCGCUGCCUACGAGUUGACAACAUCCCUGCCGACCGCGUCGACGAUUUCAACCGCGAAUUGAAAGCCAUCGCCGCUGCCCCAGUCUGUCGCUCUCUAGCGCCGAGAGACAAAAAGACCGUCUGCGCUACCAUUUCGAUUAUAACAUGGCUCCCUGCGAACGACUUGUCAGCCUGGUUGUAUCGAAACACGAAUGGUGGCCUAUAUAGAUACACCGAUACGUUUGAUGGUGUUACACCGCUUUACGUGGGCCAUGGUGGCGGAGAAGUCGACAUUAUUGCAGUGCCUGGUCUGGGAAGCCAUGCAUUCGGCUCUUGGAAAUCUUCAAAGAGCGACGACAUUUGGCUGCGCGACUUCCUACCAAAAGACGCACCAAAUAUCCGGGUGCUGCUCUAUGGUUACGAUACUGCGCUAUCUGGCAGUCUCUCGAAGCAGUCAAUUGGAGACCUAGGUGGCGCUCUGUUGGAACAAAUCGUCGCCUUUCGAGCAAGAGAUGGGACUUCUUGUCGUCCGAUCAUCUUCAUCGGCCACAGCCUCGGCGGCCUGGUGAUUAAAGAGGCACUUGUUCGUGCACGUAGAAGUCCCAACGACACGAGCCAUGAUCUUUCCAAAGCCACGUAUGGGCUCCUAUUCUUUGGGGUGCCCAAUCUUGGUCUUCGAAAUAACCAGCUGGAAACCCUUGUUCACGGCCAACCGAACCAGGCCCUAAUUCACGACCUCCUCGUCGAUGACGAUUCAGAACCAUCCAAUUACUUGAAGAGGCUUGCAGAUGAAUUUUCUGAACGCUGCAAGGAUCAAUAUCGGGUUGUGAGCUUUUUCGAGCGCAGACAUAGUCCAACUCUCAAGCUCAAUGAAGUCGGAAAGUGGUGUAAAACCGGUCCUCCCUGUUUGCUAGUGACAGAAAAGUCGGCAACUAGCAUAGAAUUGGUAGCUGUGGACGACGAGGACAAUGUUGCUCUGGAUACUGAUCAUUCCGGGCUCGUCAAAUAUGAUUCAGACCAUCAUGCCUACUAUAUGAUAGUUACAGAACGACUACAAAGGUUAAUCAAUGAAGCAGAGCGGGACGUUCCCAAUAGAUUUGCUAAGCAUAGUAUGUGA